AUGUUGCUCGACGAGGAUCCUGGAACUCUCAUCCACCACACAAUUGGCAAUUUCAACAUCCACCCCGAUAAACAGGCCGUCACUCGCAUCAAUGAUUCCCUCUCCACUCUACAGCAGUCGCGCGAUCUUCGCAUUCGUGAGGCCGAAUCAGCCCUGCGCAAACUAUCCCGCAAUCUCAAUUCCUUGACCACUCAACACGAUGAAGCCGUCGCGGUUCACGACUCCGGUAAACACGCCGCCGAAAUCGUUGAGCUAGACACAAAGAAGUUCCGCAUCGCCAAGGCAGCCUCGGAGCUGGAGAUUGAAAGUGAACGUCUCGAGAGUGAGCUGGAAAUGCUGAAGGAGAGGCUGGCCGAUCUCGAGUCGCAGGGCCUCGAGGGCGAUGAGGCUACUCGUCGUGAGCGCGAAGCCGAUGACGCAACAAUCUUGCGUUUGAAGAUCUUUCGAUCCUUGGGAAUUGACAUUGAGCCCGACGAUGCCGGCAAUUUCCACCGGGCAGUUAUCCGCAACAGUCGCAAGGGCGAUGUGCAUGUCGUCAACAUCGAUCCCAAAUUCUCCCGCUUCUUCUACUCGAAUUACUUUUGGUCUACGAUGCAGGGAUAA